AUGGAUUAAAUAAACAAAAGCCAGAUUGAUUAAAUAAACAACUAAUAAAGACUAAUUUAAGAGAAAUAAUAAUAAAAUUAGAUUUAGGUAAAUUAAUUGAAUUUUGCUUAAUUUGCUCUACCAAAAUAAUUCUCACUAAAUGCAUAACCAAAUUAAGAGAAUAAAAAAUCAGAAGGAUAUCUAAUGUAAGAUGAUGAAUUCAUUGAUCCUGUUAAAGAAUAAGUUAAAAAGAGUGCAAAAAAUUAUGAUUUAAACAAAGAAUUGUCAUUUGAAUUAAAAGCUUUAAACAAAAUUUAAAAGUCUUCAAGCAUGAAGAAUUAAUAUAUACCUGCAAUGAUAAGUCUAAAAACAAAAGAGACUUAUAUUGAAGCAGAUAAUUAGAAUUAGAGAGCUGGAGUAGAUUUGGUAUAUAAAAAUUUCUAAUUAGAUUUGUUUAAUUGAUAGAAGUUCUAGUAUGAUGGGCGACAAAAUUGAGAUGGUAAGAUAGACAUUAUUGAUUUUACUUAAUUUUUUAGGAUCAAAGGAUAGAUUAUAAUUAAUUAUUUUUAAUGGCACUGCUGAAAGAAUAACACCUCUAAAAUGUGUAUCUGAGGAAAACAGAAAUUAUUUUGAAUAAAAAAUCAAAGAAAUUGCAGCUUGUGGAAGUACUGAUAUAUCAAGUGCAACAAAAAUUGCAUUCUAACAAUUAAAGGAUAGAUAAUAUAGAAAUACUGUUACUUCUAUAUUUUUAUUAUCAGAUGGUUAAGAUGAUUCUGCUUUUAUGAAUAUUUAAAAUUAAAUUAGUUAAAUUCAAGAUGUAUUUACUUUAAAUACUUUUGGAUUUGGUAAAGAUAAUGACGCAAAAAUGAUGACUGAAAUUAGUAAUCUAAAAGAUGGAAGUUUUUAUUUUGUUUAGGAAAUAAGUUUAUUAGAUGAAUUUUUUGUAGAUGCUUUAGGUGAAUUAAUAUCAGUGGUUGGUGAAUAAAUAUCAAUUUAAUUAUAAUAUGUAUCUUAAUCACCUUUUCAAGAUAUUAAAAUAUCAAAAACAUUUGGAACUAUGUGGAAUUUAAAAGAUAAUAAAUAUGAAAUUCAUCUACCCUAAAUAGCUUGUGGUACAAGAAAAGAUUAUGUAUUUGAAUUAGAAUUACCUAAAACUAAUUGUUAAUUUAAUGACAAUUAAAGAAAUGUCAAAUUAAUACAAGCUUAACUUACAAUUACAGAUACUUAAACUAAAUAAGUGAUUUCAAAAUAGGAUUGUCUUGAAUUAGUUAUUCUUAAUGAAAAUGAAGAACAUAAUUAAAAUGAAGAUGAUAUUGAUGUUUAUUGCCAAUAUUUUAGAGUCAAAGGAACAGAUGUUAUCAAUUCUGCAAGAUAACUCUGUGAAGCUCAUUAAAAUGAUUAAGCUCUUACUUUAAUUAAUGAAAUGUUGAUACAAAUUAAGAGCAAACAAAAAGUAGCUGCUUCAGAUUAAUGUUAAGGCAUUAUUCAAGAUUUAGAAUAAGCAUUAUUAGCUUCUAAAAAAAAAGAGUAUUUUAAUUAUGGUCGAGCUUAAAUGUGUUAAAUGGUUAAUAAUAAUUUUCAAUAAAAAGGACUCAAUUCAUAAUUUGAUUAUUAAGGAUAACAAAAACAAUAGAUGCAUCCUGGUAUAUAUUAAAAUUUUUGUUCGAAUCAAAUGAUGUAAUGUGCUUAAAUUAACAAGCCUCCCUAACUGAAUUACCAAUUUUUGAAAAAACCUUAAUGA